AUGAGUUUCGCCCCCGUCAACCCUCGGCCUAUGUUGCAAGGCCUCAUCAACAAGCCGAUCUUCGUGCGUCUAAAGUGGGGUGAGACGGAGUACAAGGGCACCCUCGUGUCGGUGGACAGCUACAUGAAUCUACAGUUGGAUGGCGCGGAGGAGUACAUUUCGGACAAGUCUACGGGCACACUAGGCUCGGUUCUUAUCAGGUGCAAUAACGUACUAUGGGUGCGCGCCGCGGAUGAAAAGGACAAGGACGCGUCGAUGACGGGAUAG